AUGGGGAACAAACUCAGCUGCUGCUGGAAGCCCAAGGCCAGCCGGAGGCGGGGCCGGGACUCUAAGUCGGUGCAUCCGGCCCCUGAGUCUGGUGACCAUGACCGUGAGGCGGGCCGAGCUGAUGGGGAUUUUGAGUUCUUGGAUUUCAUGUUCACCAAAGGCGUCCCUGUGCUGCGCCUCAGUGACCUGCAAUUGCCCGAAGGUUUAAUCCCUUCUGACCAUCCAGAGGCGUGCACAAUUUUCCUGAAGAAAUCUCAAGUGGAUGUGCGAGGAAAAAGAAAGAGCAGUUGUUAUUCCUACCAUGUGUCUCCUGAUAACCAUAGGGAAAAGUACAGCUCAUGUGCAACAUUAUAUGUGGACAGCACUAUUUCUCAGUCUGAUCUGAGAGUCACUGUGCAGUGCCUGGCACUAGCAAUAUAUCACCACAUAAAGAACAGAGAUGCAAAUAGAUCCAAGGACAUUUUUGAUGAGAGGAUCCAUCCUUUCACAGUUUACAUAGAAAGACUUUUAACAUAUGCUGAAAUCGACAUUUGCCCAACUAACUGGAAACGAAUUGUUUUCGGCGCCAUUGUUCUGGCUUUCAAGUAUUGGCACGAUCUGGAUAUAUCAAAUUCGAUAUUCUGUCAAAUCUGCAAGGGCAUUACAGUCAAGGACUUAAGUGAACUGGAAAGACAAUACUUUUAUCUACUACAGUUUAGUCUUUAUGUUUCGCUCAGUGUCUAUGCCAAAUACUAUUUUGACCUUCGGUCCUUAGCAAGUGACCACGGAUUGCCUAUUGCAUUUGCUCCUCUUGGAAAAGAAAGAGCACUGAACCUAGAGGCCAUUUCCAGAUAUUGUGAAAACAAAAACCUGUGCAGGGUGGCCAUAAAAAAAUCUGGCAGCUGUGCUAACCUUACUGAUGUUCAAUAUGCCCAUGCCAUCUUAUCUUAA